UGAGAUUAGUCAUUUGCAGAAGUUCUGGGUUAAGAUCAACGUGGGUGGCCUGGUUCUUGUACACAGUACCAUGAAAUCGAAUUGUGUACGGAGUAGGACAUUGGGUUAUUGGCGAGGGUCAUCAUGCCACGAUGAACUGGAAGUCUACCUACAUGACCAGGAGAUCCACUGAGCACCUCUACCUUCGGUACCUUGCAUUACAAUGUUUUCCCGUUCGAGAGCGCCGGAACCCCCCACCGAGGCGCAAAUCAUGCGCUGCUUGUAUCCGGGCGAAACGGCGGUGCAACCUUGCGCAACCGACGUGUUCAAGAUGCGCUCAUCGUAUGGUUCAGUGCGUCUAUCCAUCGAGCCAACCGAGAAGCAGCUCCGUAGUCGAACACCCCUAUCUCCCUAACAUUGACUUGCUACCGGGGGCGGACUCUGCCUUUGACACCGGCGCGUUCGACUUCCUCUUGGAUACCCCAGAUACUCCCAGCCACUUCAACCGAUCCCCCGUGGUUAUGAGCAGUACCAUGGACGAGCGAAGCACAGGGGACAACGUCCCCAGCCUCGCCCUCACCCCAAUCAUGCCGCUUUACCCACCCAUCGUGUCCAAGCCAAACUUCCACGUCUACCACAUCAACUCCCCGCGGCACCAAUACGCCAUCGAGCACCUCAUGAACGCGCCCAGGCAGAUGGCGCACGAGAACGCGCUGCCGUGGUGCCACGCGCAGCUGUACCGCGACGCGAUGCCGCGGGUGAUGCAGGACGCGCAGGCCUGCAGCGCGCUGUACGCGGCGCGCAACCACGCCAACGCCGCCGCCGUGCGCCGCACCAUCGAGGGCCGCGUCGCCGACCUCGUCGCGAGCUUCCCGUCGGCCGCCCCGGAAACCUCGACAACAACAACAACAACAAUGGGCACGUCGUCGACACCAACACCGGCGGCGACGAGCCCGCUCGACACGCUCGCGCGCGCCCACGCCCUGGUCCUGUACCAGAUCAUGCGAAUAUUCGACGGCGACGCGGCCGUGCGCGCCGCCGCCGAGCACACCAUGCCCUACCUCGUGACCGCGGCCAAGGCGCUGGCGCCCGUCGCCGGCGAGGAGGCGCUGCCCGGGCGGCCGCUGGCGGGUGCCGACCUGGAGGAGGAGGAGAAGGAGGGCGGCCGGCUGCUGCCGCUGAUGCUGCCCGUGUACCCGCUGGCGGGCACGCGCGCGUUCUGGGAGGAGUGGAUCAUGCGCGAGUCGGCGCGGCGGACGCUGUUGUUGUUGAAUAUUCUGUGGGUGUUGUACCCGCUGCUGCGGAGCGGGAGCCCGAUUCUGUGCGACAAGAAUGCGCAUGGGGGGCUGAGGUUUACGGCGUCGGCGCAUCUGUGGCACGCGGAGGAUGCGGUCGAGUUCGCGCUGGCUUGGGGGCAGCGGAAGCACUACAUGGUGGUGAACUCCAAGUGUGUGGAUAUCCUCGCGGAGGCUCAGCCUGAUGAUAUUGACCAGUACGGCCGGAUGUGGUUGACGGCCACGUUGGGUGUUGAUGAGGUGAAGGGGUGGUUUAUCAGUAAAGGUGGCAGGUUGUAG